CAAUAAAAAACAAGGAGAAGAAAGAAGCGGAAGCAUAAUUCUUUCCAGUUUGCGCGCAUGUGGAAAGUAGCUUGUUACGCUUGUAAAUACGACAUUAUGUUUUCUGCACAUAUUCUGCGUAGAUUAGGACCAUGUGCUGUUCACGUUCACACUACUGCAAGACAUGGUGUUUCUGCGAUUUGCUUUAGAAGAAUAAGUGGGAAACAGUUAAUCCAGUUACAACCUGUGACAAGGUCGUUUCUUUUUAACAACAAGUCCCUAUGUCCGGCCACUUGCUCUAUGUCCACGGUGACCCCUCCUGAGGAGGGCAACCUCAUUUACACGGGCAGCCUGGGCACAGCUGUUCGAGGUGUAAAGUUCUUCUCUUAUAGCACCAGUGGGGCCAGCCUCCUUCUCAUGCCCCAAAUCCUCCUGAAGACCGGGCUAGGAGUCCAAAGCUUCGCUAUGCAGGCCACCUGCUGUGCAAUACUUGGCUUCUUCACCUUUAUCAUGCCUGUCCUCCUCCACUUAGUAACCAGGGGCUAUGUGGUCCGCCUGUACCACAACCCAGACACGGACAGCUAUACUGCCAUCACCUACAGUGUCUUUCUCACUAAAAAAAAGACUGUGUUUCACCAGAGUCAGGUCAGAAUUCCAGACGUUAGCAAAAUGUUUACAACCUUCUAUGCCAACAAUGUGGGGCUGCUGGUAAACCCAGACCUGUUCACCAUCCCAAACGAUUACAACCACUUAAUGGGCUAUGAUAAGCCUUUCAGCUUUAAUGCAGAUGACGUAGACAGACCAGAGAAGUUCUGAAGCAAAACUCCUGUCUAAAGCAGUGACUGCCAAGCAGGGGAGGACUUUCUCAACCAGAUUACAGGUGUUUGUCAAACUUGUCAGAUGUUUAAUGGUAUUAAAUUAUAGAUAACUUUAAUUCCCCUUUUUAUUUUGCUUCUUUGUUGAUGUCAUCACUGUGCACAUACAUGUUCAGACUUUCAUUAAACCAAAUUACAUGAA